AUGACGAUUGCCAUCACAGGCGCGACGGGCCUCAUCGGCAGCCGCCUCGCUGCCAAGCUGGCGGCGCAGGGCCACCGCGUGCGCGUGCUGACGCGCGACACGGGCGCGGCGCGCAGCAAGCUGCCGUACCCGGGCCUCGAGUUCGCGCCGCCCAGCCAGUGGGCCAGGGCGGUGGUGGGCGCGACAGCCGUCGUCAAUCUAGCAGGGACGCCCAUCGGCACGCG